AUGGACCCUAAUCCAUUCCCUCCACCCGCAAGAGGGAGAAGGGGCAGAGGGGGCAAUAACCUUUUUGCUAACCAGGACAGGAAUAGACCGGGGGCAGACUGGAGAAAUCACCCAGAUAUCGAAGAGCAGGAAGGACACAGAGAAGAACCUCCACUCAGACCAUACAGAAUGGAGCCCAGAAUCGAUUACAUUCAGGCAGAACAGGGACAGAAUCCUCCCCCCAUCAACGCUCUGAAUGAUAUAGGGACAUUGCAAAGAAUGAUCAGGGAAAUCAUGGAACCCGAGGCCAGAAGAGGUGAAAGGCCUAUAUACAGGAAACCAUAUCCAGCCUGCAUCGAUCAAAUACCGUUACCUCCAGGCUUCAAAGUACCAAACUUCACCUUGUUCAACGGGGAAGAUUCCCAUGCUUCCUCAGUUGAACAUAUAGGCAGGUUCUCCGUCCAAUGCAUAGCUAUUGAGAACAACCCUUUGUUGAAACUAAGACUCUUCGGGAAUUCUCUCUCUGGACAGGCUUUCACCUGGUAUACUAGCCUGCCAGCCAAUUCUGUACAGACUUGGGAACAGAUGGAGAACGUCUUCCAUGACUACUAUUACAGGAUCCAGCCAGAAGUCACCAUCAGUGACUUGGCCGCCCUCAAGCAAAGCGAAGAUGAACCAGCCCAAGACUUCAUAACCAGGUUCAGAAAGCUUAAAAUGAAGUGCCGGAUCCCCAUGGAGGAAAGACAUUUCAUCCAGAUGGCCCAGGCUGCCCUUAAAAUCUCUCUCAGAAAGAGGUUCGACGGGAUAUUAUUCGGGGACCUGGCAGAAUUGGCUGAUAAGGCUUCCAAGUACGAAGAGCUGCUCAGAGAGGAACAGCAGCGAAGGAACUCCUCUAAAGGCACUUAUUACAAAUCCCCUUCCUCUUCGGUCCACCUAAUUGGGGUGGAAUCACAGGAGGACACAGAAGAGGCAGAAGAGAAGGAGGUUUCGGUGGCCGAAAUGGCAAAACUAAAACAUCCUAUUAGUUGCAAAGCCCUUACAAAGCCACCUAAAGACCAAAAGCCACCACCAUUCACGGGAGGAUUCGUUCCCAACAAGCCAAUACAGAACAAAGUGUACUCUUUUGAUUUAACCAAGGUUGAUGCUUUGUUCGAUGAAAUGCUGCUGCAGAAGGCAAUAGAAACGCCUCACAGAAUACCCAAGCCGGAGGAACUCAAAGGGAGACAGUACUGCAGGGGGCACAACUCUUGGAACCAUUCCACCAAUAGUUGUGUCGUUUUCAGGGACGUGAUACAAGAAGGAAUAACGGCAGGAAGAUUGAAACUGGCGGAAAAACCCCCAUCGGUCACGACAGAUCCUUUCCCUCAACCACAAGUCAACAUGGUUAACUUAAAUUGGCCAGAACAGAGGGAAACUCAGCCAAUGACAGAUACUAGUUGUAGCAGAGGCAGAAGGAUCAUAAGGGAGACCAGCCAGAAGCCAAGAGCCACCAUAUCAGCUGGGAUAGUCCUUUGUAGCAGGUGCAAGUGUGAAACAGAGCUAGAAGUCGUUCUAGACAAACAGAAUCAACCCACGCCUAGUGUCUUUGACAGGAUUGGAACCUCACCCCAGGGCAAAGCAAGGCACAGGAGCCAUUUCAGACCUUCACAAUACGGCGAAAGGAAGGUAGAACAGCACAGGAAGGAGACAUCAAUCGGGGCACCCGAGAAUGGAAAGCCCUUGGCAACAAUCAUAGAGGGCAGGUGGUAUUCCGUAGGGAAAAGCGGCAGGCCAACCAUGGAGCUAACCAGAACUCAGAGAAGGAGAACCCAGAGGCAAUACCGCACAUACCUCAAGAGCCAGGAUAAAACUCAGGUACAUAUAGAGACCAAUUCUUCCAGGAAGGGAAAGAAUCCCGAAACAAUGCCCCAGGCAGAACAGGAAGCUUGUCGCCCAAGAAAGCUACCGGAAGCAGAACCUCCGACCAGAUCUCCUGUCCAUCCAGCCUCCUCGUCUGGCAGUCAACCCAACACCUUGCAGGCACAAUGGAAAUCCGAGCCUACCCCGCAGCAAGGGAAAGAUGACCCCACGGAGGGAUAUGAAGAGGAACAGGUGGACUAUGGAACAUUUGCAGAAGGACAGAAUGAACCCCUCGGAACUGAAGAACAAGAUGAUUGGACCGAAGAAUACGGGGAAGAACUGAUGGAAUUUGGGGAAGAAUUGGAUGCUGAAACAGGGGCUUUUGGCGCAGAGUUAGAAGACUUACUACAGAGUGACCUGGGAGUUAAUAUGGUGUUCAUCCUGCCAGAAAAAUUCAGGGCCACCGAGGGACAGGAAAGCACCUUGGAAGGAGAUGUUUUCUCUCAGGAAAGCUUUGAGUGCAAACUGGCGGAAACAAAUGAGAAGCCAGAACAACAGGCAGACAGCCCCAGAACAGGCGGAACUGCCAAAAACCUAGCUACGGAGCGGUGUUAUUUUCCCAAACCAACCAGAGAAAUGGCAAACCAUCUCAGGCCUUUAUUUAUAACAGCAAACCUCGGAGGCAUCCCUAUUUCCAAAAUCAUGAUAGAUGGAGGUGCAGCCAUUAAUCUACUACCCCACAGAAUGCUGAGCAAAAUGGGCAGAACAGAGAGGGACUUGAUUCCAACACGUUUGACCGUCACCAACUUCGCUGGGGGCAUCACGAAAAUUCAUGGCAUCUUAGACGUGGAUGUCAUAGUUGGAAGCAAGGAAUUAAAAAUAGCAUUCUUUGUGAUAGACACUACUUCCACCACUUACAAUGCACUACUUGGCAGGGAUUGGAUUCACCAGAGCCUUUGUGUCCCUUCCACUCUCCACCAGCAGCUAGCACUAUGGAAUGAUGAAGGCCAAAUGGAGAUUGUAGAGGCCGAUCCACGGCCAUUCCUACCCUCUGCCAUGUGUCUUGAAGCAAGGUAUUAUCAUGACGACCUCGGUCCUUUUACUUUCUUUGGAGUCAACCAGACCGGCCGCCCCCAUGGUGUCACGGCCCAAAGGCUCAUUGAAGAAGGUCUAGCCAAUUCCAUGGAGGACUGGAAUAGACCUUUCUACGCUAAAAACUCUGAUGAUUAG